AUGAUUGGCAUACCUGAAAGCAGCAAAGACAUUCCAAACACCUGUGAACUCUACCAACAAAAGUUCGAACCAUCCAAGGGAAUUUCUCCCAGAACAGCCAGUGGUGUGCUAUAUGCUGAAAGAAGUCUAUGUAAACACAUACCUGAAGAUGCUCUGGAGAAGCCACUGCUAUCUUACGUUGCUUUGAUCGCUAAGGCGAUUCUCUCCUCGCCUACAAAGAAGCUCACCUUAGCCGGCAUUUAUAGAUACAUUGAAGAAAAAUUUCCUUUUUAUAAGAAGAAAGGCCAAAGCUGGAGGAACAGUGUCAGGCAUAAUCUUUCACUGAAUGAUUGCUUUAUCAAAGUGGGAAGGUGUGAAGAUGGCAAAGGAAAUUACUGGAGCAUCCACCCGACAAAUGUAAAUGAUUUUGUGCAUGGUGACUUUCGUCAACACCGCAGGUUGCACAAACGAGGACACCAAAAGGAAUACAACCCAUAUCACACCACAACUUACCUUGCACCCUUGGGAAACUGCUCUUGUUUGGCACUCAUGUCACCUUAUCAAAUGAAUCCCUACUUUUCAGAUCCUUUAUGGGAAAUACUCUGGGCUGAUGGUCAAUAUUAUGCAAAUGCUUUCCAGAGGUUGGAGGUUAAUUUUGGUUUUUUGCACAGAACGUUUUCCUCUCUGAUACCAUUUGAUGAAGCAAAAUGGAACUCCAUGGCUUCAUUUUAUGGAUUACACUCUUCAUCAGCUGUAGAGCAGAAUGCUUUCCUGAAUGUUCAACAGACAUUCCCUGCUUCAUUGCAUAUCUCUUCUUUCAACCAGCAGAACCUGAGAGGAUGUCACUUGCACCUGAACUGGACCAAUUCAGGAGGACACUGUAUUCCUGAGGAUCAGGUCAUACAGUAA